GAUCAUGUUUGAUGCCAAUUGUCUGAUUAGAGACAUUGUACCGCUGUGGCCUGGGGCUGUCCAUGAUGCCAGAAUCUUAAGGCAAAGUGGCCUAUUUCAAAUCAUGGAGCAGAAUGUUGUCGAUGACCAACAUCAAUAUCUACUUGGGGAUUCGGGAUAUCCGUGCAAGAGAUGGCUCCUCACUCCAUUUAUGAAUCCAGCUGAUGAGCACCAGCUGAUUUACAACCGGGCACACAAACGUACGAGAUCUGUUGUUGAGCGUUCCAUUGGAAUUUUGAAAAGGAGAUGGGCUAUUCUUCACAAUGAAAUUCGAUUGCAUCCAUUAAAGUCGUGCAAGGUGAUUUUGUCAUGCGCUGUUCUGCAUAAUAUAUGCAACAUGCGAAAUCUGCCAAUGGAUCCUUUGGACAUAGGUGCCUUACAAGAUCAUCCUGAAAAUUACAAUGGAAAUGAAGAUGGCCUUCGUUACAGGAAUGUAGUAGCAAAUACAUUUUUUAGAUCAUGUUCACGUUAUUGAACAAGUCAUGUUUUCAGAGCUGUUAAUGCAAAUAAUUUGCAUACUAAAUACAACUAUUUUAGCAUGUAUGGCAUUUUUUUCAAAAAUCAUAAGACAUACACAAUGUAGAUGAAGUUCAUGUGAAUCUUUAUCUUAAAAACAAAAUAAAAGUAAUGUUUGAUUAAAUACAACAACAACAUGUAUAAUAUAAUUCUAUUAUUAUUUUUACUCCUCGCCCAAUCGCGCCAACUGGGCCUCAUAGAACCGUAUUUGAAGUUCUAGCUUCCUCUUCUUCAGACGCUUAAUCUCAUGCAGACUGCAGUGACUGCAACUAAAUGGAUAUUUAAAACAUGGCAUUUUAAAUAUAUAUUUUUUAUUUCCUUCUCAAAACUAAAUUUGAUUAUUUUGUUGAUGGCUUCUUUUUUUGUAUAAUGAAAAAUGGUAAAUAUGUAUAACACUACAGGUUCAAUCAUUCGAAUUUUGCACAUGUUUAUGUUAUCAAGAUCCAUGUGUAGAAUAAUUUAUUAUAUUGUUAAAUACAUGACAUACAAUUUACAUACCAUGAAUGUGAAGGCUCGUCUCGAGGAGAAAUAGCUGAGCUACUAGAGCCAUUCUCAGACACUGAUGGGGUAUAUCUGAAAUAAGUGCAUCAUUUCUCAAGCCAGAUGUAUUUGCCAUUACAAUAUUUGAUAUUCAAGAUAUGUUUGUUAUAUAUUAAAAUGUAAAUAAUGCAUUAUGAUA